GGAGAAGAUAAUUUCACUUACUGUCCUGCAACAGGCCUAGCUAAAGGAAACGAGGACUCGGCAUUUGCUGGCUGGGCAUUUCCAUUUCCAGGGGUGUUUCUGACGGAGGAGUUCAUUAGUGAAGAUGAAGAAUCUGAGAUAGUUGAACUGAUGGAUCAAGAUGACUGGAAACCGUCACAGUCUGGCCGAAAGAAACAGGACUAUGGACCCAAAGUGAACUUCAAGAAACAAAGGAUGAAAGCUGGCAACUUUACCGGUUUGCCAAGUUUUAGUAAAAAGAUUGUGGCACAAAUGGAGGCCUGUUCUGUACUGGGUGGUUUCUUACCUGUUGAACAAUGUAAUCUGGACUACAUGCCAGAAAGAGGUUCUGCCAUUGACCCGCAUUUUGAUGACUGGUGGCUUUGGGGAGAGCGCCUGGUUAGCUUAAACUUGCUCUCAAAAACCGUGCUAUCCAUGUCUUGUGAUUCAGAGGACAGGAUCCAAUUAUUUCGCACUUUCAGUAGAGAAAACGGGGAAUUAAGUCUCCCUGGAUCUUCCACACAGACAACAACGUGCAAAAAUUCAGGUGAAGAGGGAAUCAACUGCAUUUUAUCCCCGAGGCUUGUUCCAAGUAAAGAGGUGACUGUUGCCAUUCACUUACCUCAAAGGUCUCUGGUGGUGCUGUACGGUGACGCACGGUACAAGUGGAAACACGCAAUUUACCGCAAGCAUAUAGAGCAUCGCCGAAUCUGUGUCACGUUCAGGGAGCUGUCUGCAGAGUUCAGCGCCGGAGGAAGGCAUGAGGAACUGGGUAAAGAACUGCUAGAAAUAGCUCUUUCAUUUCAAGGAAGACCAGUGUGAUCAGCAAGAGGAAGCCAGAAUUGCAAUUUGUUAAGACAUUUGAAAAAUAAAGUGCGGAAUUUGUACAA